AAAGGUGGCGGGACUGUAAGGAGAGCCAGAAGAGGGAGAAACGCGCCGCCGCCGUCUGCAGAGCGGGCGAGACACCGAAAGAUCUUCUGCUGACCCCCGAGAUCACCAUGUUCUGCUCCAAAAAGAAACUGCUGCCGUCGUGUCCGAAUAUUCUCACCCCGGACCAAAUCCCUUCGUUCUUCAUUCCCCCGAAGCUGUCCCCAUUGCAGGAACGAGGUGGAAACGUCGGGAAGUGGUUCCAGAAGAAGGCUUCGGAGGCCGGGUCCAAGUCCACCUCGAAGGCUUUGCUGAGGUCAGCCAGCCGGCACCUCAUUCAGGUGGAAGAUGUAGAGCAGGAAGCCGGUAGUCCAAAGCAGGGGCACGGCUCCACCAUGGCAGCCUCCAUUAUGGGGGGUCCCUAUCUGUCGGAGAGCCCCCAUACCCGACGGAGGGAGUCUCUUUUCCACCAGAUGUGUCCCACGCAUGGACCUUAUGAGGUGAAGCCGCACUCUCCAUCAGAUCCGGACUGUUUUUUGCGCUGGAGCUCCCAUGACCUUCAUCUCGGGGCCCCGGACAGCGACACCACGUCUUCUACCGAGUCUUCCCCGUACAGCUCCCCCCUUCUGAACCGCUCUUACGACAGGCGUCUAGUCGGUCAAACCUCCGGUAGGCCACCGGCUUUUUCUCGCUCUUUGACUGUAAAGACUCUGACCCGAGCCAGCUCCCUGUCCACCGAGGAAACCAGCUCAACGGACACCAGUCCCAACCUGCCCACCAAGGAGGACCACGGGAACCCUCGAGCCUCCAUGGUCCACCUGGUCCCACCGCCCAUCUUCCAAUUGGACUUUAUCUGUUGUCAGGACCGCUUGACCAAAGAGACCGAGGUCCCCCUAAGCAAGGGCGGUCUUGUCCGCUUGUCCGUCGAGUACGUGAAGGACUUGGGGCGUCUCAGGGUGAAGCUGGUCAACGCCGAGGACCUGUAUCUCUCGUACCCGGACCCCCGGGCCAUCAGCUGCUGCGUCGUGAUGUGCCUCGUGCCGGGGAAGCUUCAGAAGCAAAGGAGCACCGUCAUCCGCAGGAGCAGGAACCCCAUUUUUAACGAGGACUUUUACUUCGAAGGUAUCGGGAAAGGGGAACUGGAGCUCCUCAGGCUGAAGGUGAAGGUGGUCAACCGAGGGACCGGUGUGAGGAGGGACGUCUUACUGGGGAGCAACCAAAUCCAACUCUCUGCAAUCCUGCCCUCAUGAUCGGGGGGGGGGGGAGGUCUGCCCUGGACUAAGACAUUGUAUUCUAUAAGUCGGUGAUUCUCCUUUAAGGAGGCCCAACCACAGCGUAAGGAGGCCGAGGUGAGGCCCCCUCUGGUCAAGGAGGAUGACUGGCUCAACGGACUGUUUUUGGGUCGGGGGGGUUGGGAAAAC